AUGACCCAAAUAGACCAACCCACUUCACCUUCCUCGCGUGACCGGCCAGCCAAGAGACAGUGCCGGGUUUCCCACGACGCAGAAGAUAAGAACAAGGCCCAAAGCCACCAACAGCAAUCUUCAGAUGGUAUAUCCAUCGAAGCUGAGGUUCUAGUACGUAUACGCGGUUCCCUUGCGGCGGAGUUUAUGAAACCUUUAAACUACAACGACGCCCUGGCUACACCAGCCCUCAAAAUGCUCGACCUGUACUUUUGCCUAUGGGAAUGCUACGUUGUUAAAUCUGCCGAGAAGAUAUGA